AACUCGUACUGUCUGGUCCUCCAUCCAGUCGAAGUGUCGGUCGGAGGAGCCGAGCGACACAAAACAAAUGCUUCACAAUAUUUGCUUUUUACUUUUUGUUCCGUAAACAGCUCCACAUUUUCGCAGUCAUGGAGUUGUCUGAAAUACUGUACAACAAAGCGGAGUAUAUUGAGACGGCUUCUGGCAACAAGGUUAGCAGGCAGUCGGUGCUCUGUGGAAGUCAGAACAUUGUACUUAAUGGAAAAACCAUCGUCAUGAAUGACUGCAUCAUCAGGGGGGACCUGGCGAAUGUCAGGGUGGGCAGACAUUGUGUGGUUAAAAGCAGGAGUGUCAUUCGUCCACCUUUCAAGAAGUUCAGCAAAGGAGUGGCCUUCUUCCCGCUGCACAUCGGCGACCACGUGUUCAUCGAGGAGGAUUGCGUUGUGAACGCAGCUCAGAUUGGCUCCUACGUCCACAUUGGCAAGAAUUGCGUCAUAGGUCGUCGCUGUGUGCUGAAAGACUGCUGCAAGAUCUUGGACAACACUGUUCUUCCUCCGGAGACAGUGGUGCCUCCUUUUACUGUCUUUUCAGGAUGCCCAGGUUUGUUUUCGGGGGAACUUCCAGAGUGCACACAGGACUUGAUGAUUGACGUCACCAAGAGCUACUACCAGAAGUUCCUUCCCCUCAGCCAGAUAUAAAGACGCCUUUGCCAUCACAACUUUUCUCUUGUACAAGGUCCAGCUCGCAUUGGACAAGACUCCCAUCGAGCAACGCUUCUGUGUUGCAGAAACAUGUUCAGACAUCUUGAGAGUGUCUAGAAAGGUUAUGUAACAUUUUCUAUCCCCUUGCUUUAAUAUUAUGAAUAAAGUAAUGUUCUGUUGUCACAUAAUGUAUUAAAGAGAGCGAGAGAAGGCAUCUUUUGAAGGAAAUUGUCGCUCUUUCAGUCAUCCUGUAAACACGGAAGUCAGAUGAGACAAACUUGGACCAAAACUAUCUUGGAAGACAAAGAUGUCAUUUCACAGUUAAUAUAGUGGUUUAUUUGGAGCUAUCAGGAUUCAAUAUUAGAGUGUCAAUUUGUGUGCUGUCAUUGUCUGAGACUCUGAGCAAGAGAUAACACCUUAAACAAUGCCGCAAAUCCUUUCCUAGAAAUGCCUGGUAUGAUCUUGUUACAAUACAGAUUAAAGGAUAUUGAAGGAA